AUUUUAUUUUUUUAAAAGCAAGCAAGGAUUUUGAAUCAACGGGUUCGUUUAGAAGAGGAUGUACGUUAGAGAUUAAUAUUAGCCACAACCAGACUACAGGUUUACGUUUAUAUACCUGAAAUUUAAAUAUAAUUUUAAAUGCGUACAUAGGCCACGGUAACCGCUUACCAUCAGGUGGGCCGUGUGCUUUUUUUCCCACCGUCGUGGUAUAGAAAACACAUCAAUAAGGGUGCGCUUCACCAUCCACAUCAUGUCAGCCGCAAGAUAUCCUCUGCUGAGCAUAGACCUUCGCCAAUGUUUUCAAAAUCAGCUGCUUCUAACCUGGUUUGUUUACAACUACUCAACUAAUGAUUUCAAGAUGAUCUCUAACUACCUACCUGGCUAUUUAAAGAAAAGAAGUCACCAUGGACGAGAAAAUGCGUCAGGUGAUGAUGUCGAAUGUGGCUGCAAAUCGUCAUGCGCCGGUAAUUGAGGCAGACCUGGAAGAAGCUUUAGAGUUAGCAGGCACGGGCAGAUACCAGGUAGUCCACAACUUGGUGAUGCUGGCCACACUCUUCGCUUCCAUCCUGGAGAUGGUAGGAAUUGCCUUCAUACUGCCGGCUGCAGCUUGUGACCUGGAUAUACCAGAUUAUUUGAAGGGAAUCCUCACUUCAUUGCCAAAUAUAGGUAUAAUACUAACAGCUCCGUUCUGGGGCCGUGCAGCAGACUCUCUGGGCAGGAAGCCAGUACUCCUCGGCUCUCUGAUAGUGUCUGGAGUCACCGCUUUCAUCGCAGCAUUCAUGCCCUCACUGAUCACCUUCGCGCUAUUCAAGCUCGCUUCUUCACUGUUCUUGUCCUGCCCAUCAUCUUUGGGCUAUGCGUACGUAUCCGAGAUGUUGCCACGCAAACGACGAGACUUUGCAGUUCUAGUUACAAACGGACUCAUCAAUUUAUUGACGGUCUUGAGCCCUGGUUUAGCCUGGAUAAUUCUGUCGUACGACUGGGAGUACCAGUUCGGAGCCAUAGACCUUCGACCAUGGCGGCUGUUGACAGCGGUGUAUGCCUUCCCACUUCUGCUUGCUGCACUAUGCCUGAUUGUAGCUGAUGAGAGCCCCAAGUUCCUCAUGACGAAAGGAAAGGAUAAGGAGGCUUUGGCAAUCGUAAGGAAGAUCUACUGCACGAACUCUGGUUUACAUGAAGAUAGCUUUUGUGUAAAAUCACUAAAGAUACCAUGUGACAUCAACGACUCCGAGCAGCGCGGUUCUGGCUGUGCGCUUGCGCCGAAGACACAAUCCGAGUCUGCGUUUGCGCUACUACGGCCUCCGCAUUUAAAGUGGUUCGCGCUGACUGGGUUCCUCAUGUUUGGCCUGUUCUCUUUCUUAAAUGGUCUGUUCCUCUUCGCGCCAGACACAAUCAAUAAAGUGAUGAACAGCAAUGAAACGAGCGGCACAGUCUGCGAACUAAUGGACAUGUCGGACAACUCUACAUCAUCAACAGAAUGCCUAGACUCAAUGUCGUACCACACGUUCUACAUCAUGGUGGUGACGACCAUCGUGUACGGGGUGCUGGUCACCGCCGGCAGCAUGAGCCCGCUGUCCAAGAAGACACUCCUCGUCUCCAUGUUCUGUGUGGUUGGAGUCGGGUGCCUAAUUGCUGGGCUGUCCACUAACAGAAUCUUGGCUGGAGUGGCGAUGUCAUCCUUGCAGCUGACAGCACUCGGUAUCGGACCUCUCACAGCAUACGUGGUUCAGCUCUUCCCCACCGCGCUCAGGGGUACGGCAGUAGGCGCAGUGUUGAUGUUCGGGCGGCUGGGCUCUGUGGUCGGCGCUAACGCAGCCGGUGUCUCCCUCAGCGCAGCUUGCACUCUCACAUUCUAUGGAUUCGCUUUUCUAGUCUUUUUAUGUGCGGGCCUCAGCUUUCUUCUACCUUCAGCAGACCAAACGACGAAGCCACAGGAAGCAGACAGCUGAUAAAUAUAAUUGAUAAUUACAUUUAUUUAUACGCCAUACUAGUUGUAAAAAUGUCAGCACAUCAAGCUUACCCAAUACCUAAAAAUAUACGGCAGAUAUACAACCUUAAAGUUUUGGGAUAAAGUUGAAAAUCAAUUAAAGCUUGGGGUAACUUGAUGUGCUAGAUACUAUACCUUUUAUACUUUUUAUAUUUAUACCACCUUUUGAUAGUUGCCUUAUUCUAGUUGUCUAUAGAUAAAUAUUAUCUCGUUUCAUGAAGAAGUAUCGAGCUAAAUGACAGAAUUCGUACGAUAGAAACGUUACUACGUUCGACACUCUCAUUGGGCUGCUUCAAUGAAUCAACCAAUCAGAGGGCUUUAGUACGAGUUUGUUCUAUGUAUUAUGUAAUCGAAAUGAGACUGCGUUCGGCGCUGUAAUUGAUUAGUUCAUUGAAGCCGGCCACUCAGAGCACCGAACGAGGUUUUGUUUCGUUUACUUUAAACGUAAAACGAACUCUACUUAAUCCCUAAGAAGUGUUUACAGUCUCGACUUAUAAUAUUCGAUAGAAAAGGCAGUUUUCUGAGUGUUCCUAUUAUAUUUGGCAAUUGUAAGUAGGGUACUUACAAUUGACAGUGGACUAAAGAACAGUGACAGAAAAGCCGCUGCUUUAUAGACGGUUCUGAAAAAUGAAAUAAAAGUUAAGAACUACCAAUUUUUACUUUGUAAAGAAUGCUUUAGUUCUGAACGAAGCCUGAACAUUUUUUCACUAUUUUAUUUAUUAAGUUAAUGUUACAAAACAAUGACAAUCGAUAAUUAUA